GGAGACGCCGCCGCCGUCGCCGGGCCGCUCCGGGGUGCGCCCCUCAGGGGGUGUGAGGAGAGGCCGGGCCCAACCGCAGUGUGCCUUUCUCACUGAGACUCAAGGCGGAUUACACAGUCUGCCAAACACUGGACAGUGAAAUAAUGGUUUGCUAGCCCUCUGAGCGAGCUCCCACCUUCCACAAUGCCUGUGCAGGCAGCACAGUGGACGGAGUUUCUGUCCUGUCCAAUCUGCUACAAUGAAUUUGAUGAAAAUGUGCACAAACCCAUUAGCUUAGGCUGCUCACACACAGUCUGCAAGACCUGCCUGAACAAGCUGCACCGCAAGGCAUGCCCUUUUGACCAGACAGCCAUCAACACUGACAUUGACGUGCUUCCUGUAAACUUUGCACUUCUCCAGUUAGUUGGAGCACAGGUACCUGAUCACCAGACCAUCAAGCUAAGUAACUUAGGAGAGAACAAGCACUAUGAAGUGGCAAAGAAAUGUGUGGAAGACCUGGCACUUUAUUUAAAGCCACUUAGUGGAGGCAAGGGUGUUGCCAGUUUGAAUCAGAGCGCGUUGAGCCGUCCAAUGCAAAGGAAGUUGGUGACUUUGGUGAACUGUCAGCUGGUGGAAGAGGAGGGUCGGGUGAGAGCCAUGCGGGCAGCCCGCUCCCUUGGUGAGAGAACUGUGACGGAGCUGAUCUUACAGCAUCAGAACCCUCAGCAGCUGUCUGCCAAUCUCUGGGCUGCUGUCAGGGCACGAGGGUGCCAGUUUCUAGGGCCAGCUAUGCAGGAAGAAGCCUUGAAACUGGUGCUAUUGGCCUUAGAAGAUGGCUCUGCCCUUUCCCGGAAAGUGCUGGUGCUUUUUGUUGUCCAGAGGCUGGAGCCACGAUUCCCCCAGGCGUCGAAAACUAGCAUUGGUCAUGUUGUGCAGCUGCUGUACCGAGCUUCAUGCUUCAAGGUUACCAAAAGGGAUGAAGAUUCUUCCCUGAUGCAGCUGAAAGAGGAAUUUCGCAGUUAUGAGGCAUUACGGCGGGAACACGAUGCUCAGAUUGUCCAUAUUGCCAUGGAAGCAGGACUUCGGAUAUCUCCAGAGCAGUGGUCAUCCCUCCUUUAUGGUGACUUGGCGCACAAAUCACACAUGCAGUCUAUCAUUGACAAGCUUCAGUCCCCAGAAUCCUUUGCAAAAAGUGUGCAAGAGUUGACAAUCGUUCUCCAACGUACUGGUGACCCUGCAAAUUUAAACAGGCUUAGACCCCAUUUGGAGCUGUUGGCCAACAUUGAUCCUAAUCCAGACGCAGCAUCUCCAACAUGGGAACAGCUGGAAAAUGCCAUGGUGGCUGUGAAGACAGUCGUCCAUGGCUUGGUGGACUUCAUUCAGAACUACAGUCGGAAAGGCCAUGAAACACCACAGCCACAACCAAAUAGCAAAUACAAAACCAGCAUGUGCCGGGAUCUGCGACAACAAGGAGGAUGUCCGCGUGGGACAAACUGCACAUUUGCUCACUCUCAGGAAGAGCUGGAGAAGUAUCGACUGAGGAACAAGAAAAUGAGUGCCACAGUGAGGACCUUCCCACUGCUAAGCAAAGCCAAUGUUACCAGCACUGUUGCCACCACAGCAGGAAGUGUCAUUUCAAUCAUAGGAAGUGCAGAAUCAGCAGGGAAAAUAGCCCCUAGCACCAAUGGGAUCACAAGCCUGGAGAGUGGCCUGCCACAGCUGAUUCCACGUUGUACCGACACCUCUUCCCUAAGGGCUCUGGAGAAUGUCAAGAAAGUGGGGAAGACUGGAACCAAUGGUCAGAAUGUCUCUGGAUCCCCUACAGAUUCUCUGCCUGAAAAUAGAAUUGGUUCUCCUCCAAAGACUCCUGUCAGUCAAGCAGCAGCUGCCUCUGCAGGCCCUCCUCCUCCUCCUCCUCCACUUCCUGUUGGCACAGAGAUGAACUCUGCACCCUCCAAGUCCAGCCCUUUUGCACCAAGAGUGCCUAUCUACCCACCACAUUCUGACAACCUGCAGUAUUUUCAAGAUCCCCGGACCCACCUAUCCUACGAAGCCCCACAGUACCCACAAGCAGGAUACUACCCACCACCACCUACAGUCCAGGCCAGCGUAGGACCCUGCCUCCCUCGUUUUGCGCGGUCCAGCAACGUUCCAGAGCCCCCGCUUCCACCUGCUUCCAUGCCAUACAGUGACCAUUUCAGCACUUUCCCCCCUCGAGACAGGCUAAGUUCUCCUUACCAGCCUCCACCACCACAGCCGUAUGGGCCAGUACCUCCUGUUCCCUCUGGAAUGUACGCCCCCGUCUAUGACAGCCGGCGGAUCUGGCGGCCACAGAUGUACCCGCGGGAUGACAUCAUCAGGAGUAACUCCUUACCUCCCAUGGAUGUUGUGCACCCCUCCGUCUAUCAGACCUUUUUGCGAGAAAGAUACAACUCUUUGGAUGGCUACUACUCCAUGGCCUGCCAGCUGCCAGCUGAGCAAAGGACAGUGCCUUUGUCAAGGGAACCUUGUGGCCACUUGAAGCCCACUUAUGAUGACCCACUAAGGAGGAAACCAGAGCAAUGGGCCCAGUGCCAUGCACAGAAGACUUCUCUGGUGUCCUCUACCCUUCCCAUGGCUACACAGUCUCCGACACCGCCUUCCCCUCUAUUCAGCGUAGACUUUAGCACGGAAUUCUGUGAAAGUUCAAGUGACUUAAGCAACACGAAGUACGAGGACGACCACCUCUCCCACUACUCACCCUGGUCCUGUGGCACAAUCAGCUCUUGCAUAAGUGCCAUUGAGUCAGAGCCCAAGGAUGUCAUUGCCAACUCCAAUGCGGUGCUCAUGGAUCUGGACAGUGGUGACAUGAAGAGACGGGUACAUCUCUUUGAAACUCAACGCAGGGCCAAGGAAGAAGAUCCCAUAAUUCCAUUUAGUGAUGGGCCUAUCAUCUCCAAAUGGGGUGCAAUCUCCAGGUCGUCCCGCACUGGUUACCAUACAACAGACCCAAUCCAGGCCACUGCUUCCCAAGGAAGUGCUACAGAGCCAAUCAGUAUGUCAGAUUAUAUCCCUUAUGUCAGUACUGUUGAUUCAAGAUGGAGCUCCUACAGUUCAGAUUCUACAUCAUCAGCACCCUUUAUAGAGCGGGACAGGUUCAUAGUUACUGAUAUAUCUGCCCCAAGAAAGCAUUCCAGCACCGGAGAUCUACUGAGCAUCGAACUACAGCAGGCCAAAAGCAACUCAUUGCUACUUCAGAGAGAGGCAAAUGCUCUGGCCACACAACAGAAAUGGAGCUCUUUAGACGAAAGCAGCCACCUCACCUUGAAUCUGUUAAGCAAGGAGAUUGAUCUGAGGAACGGAGAGACUGACUACACAGAAGACAGUGCAGACGCAAAGCCGGACCGAGAUAUCGAGUUAGAACUUUCAGCCCUAGAUGCUGAUGAGCCUGACGGGCAAGUGGAACAAAUGGAAGAGAUUUUGAGCCUGCAGCUUGGCAUCAGUAAUCGAGAUGAUCAUCUGUUCAAUGGGUCAACUCUGGAGAAUGGCCACCCACUGGAGCAGUCCCAGAAGGAGCCCAGACAGCAGAAGAGGCCCAGCUUAGGUGAAGACCUUACUAUUCUAGAGAAGCAAAAAACAAUCCUGCCGGUGACUUCCUGCUUCAGCCAGCCAAUAGCCUCCUCCACAGGUUCCUUGCCCAUUACGACAACUUCUGGCAUGGGCAGCCUUGUUCUCAAAACAGCUCAUAUUAUGGUGGAAGGGAAAAACGACUUUUUAAGGCCGGUUGCAAAUGGCAAGUUGGUGAACAGCUGAGAGGUGUUCUGCUUUCAAGCUUGUGGCCAUGAUAUGAAAGCAUCUAUCCUUGCUUUUUAUAUAUAUAUAUAUAUAAUAUAUAUAUUAUAUAAUGUAUAUUUUUUUUAAGAAAAUACUAUUGGGGUCAUCUGUUUCCUGUGGACUCUUUGAUAUGUCAAGGCCCUCUCAAAAUAGCAUUCUGGAAAAGAAAAAAGAAUUCACUAUUCUGCUACAAUCAGGUGUUCACUUUCUGUGAAUGGUUGAGAAUUUGGACAUUGUUUGACUUAAGCUUAAAGCAGCUUUUUAAUGAGUUGAUAAAAGUCCUAGGUACCAACUGAACCAUUCUUGUUUUAGUAUGGCUUCCCUAGAGAAAUUAAUGAGUCACUUUUUAAGCCAGCAGGAUCCUCAGGUGAUGCACCUUGAGGAGGUAGAACUAACUUAUUUUGCCUCGUUUAGUAGGAGAAGAAUUUUGCAUCUGGCUGCAGCUGCUUGUUUCUCCAGCUGUGGAACCUUUGCAUGAAAUAGUGUGUGAGAAAAAUGGAGAGGGUGGGGUUCUUCUUACCAUAUGACUUUUACUUCCGGGUUGAUACAGGUUUUGUUUGUUUUUGUAGUUUUUUCCCCAGUUUGUGCUCCUGCAUUAUAUGCAGAAGUGCCUCACUUUGCAUCUUCAUUUCCCUGCAAUCCCCCCACCCCACCAUCCUUUUCUGCUUGAGGGCUUGAUAUUACCAUGUAUCAAGCAACUUGCCUGUGUACAAAUUAUAGAAUGCAAAACCAAGUGCCUGAGUCUUUCUGCUUACGUGCUCGGUCUUUGACUGCUCCAAGUUGUAAGCUGAAUUGCUGUGUUCUGUUUUGAUAACAUGAUGUGCUCAUUCUGUCGGUGCUGUGCCAAGGAGGUGGUCCCUUGGUACAGUCCCCAGGUGACUUGGCAUCCAGAGCCUCACGGAUUCCCUGCGAAAACCUUGUAUAUGUUGUUUUUGCACUGACUUAACAACACAGUAUUGCUGUUGCUAUACUUGAUUAGCAGUUAUUUAGAUGCACCUGAUGUUGUUGGUUAUAGUAUUACUGAGAACCCUUGGUAUUUGGGCUCCUUAUUGAUUAAUCUGACAAGGCCUUGAACUUAAUAAUAUAGCUUUAGCUGAGCUUGUACAGAACAAUAAAUAAAUGUUCUCUGAAGAUGUGACUGGGGAGGAAAAAACACUAUUUGGUAGAAACUUUCAACGGAAAUAAUAUAUCACCACCCUCAGUACUAGCAUUUUAGCUAUUUUUUCUUGUUUAACAAAUGUGGCCACUCUGAAGUUAGAGGGGCAAGAGGACUCUGGCAAAAUAAUUUCUCCUAGUUUUCCCUCUGCAAUUUCUUUUACAAGUUACCUUUUACAAGUUUUACAUUUCUCUAACUUUUUUUUCUAAAUGUUUAUUAAUUAACUUCUGUGAAGUUGUUUACUCUGAAAAAUGUACUGGAAUAUUUUAGCCAAGCAGAACUUCUGCCAGGUGUACUGUACACGAGGGCUAUUCCUGCUAGCAAAUGGCUUUAAAGGAAAAAUAUAGACUAUCAUGUUACUGGCAAAACAGAGUUGUUAAUAUUCCUACUGCAGCUCUGUGUGUGGGAUAGUUUUUUGAUAACCGUCACCUGUAUACUUCAUCUGGGGCCUGGGUGGGUGGGUCGGGACUGGCAUUUCCCUGAGGGUUGCAAAUGUAACUUGGAUCAAUUUUUUUUAAAUCUCUCUCAUGACUUCCAGGGUCAUUGAAAAAAAUUAUGUUGUAAAUACUAGCUGAUAAUAUUUUUUUCCAGUAAUGUUGUGGAGGCUCUUGCCUACUUAUUUAAUACUAAAGCUAUUUGUAAAUGACAGCCAAAUACCGCCUCUUAAAUUCCUUUGAUUUGUAUAGCAACUUCACCUUGUUGCCCUGCCUCACUCCUGCAGUGACACAAACAAGGCAACUGGAAAUAGUUCAGAUCUUUUUUCCCCCCUUAAAAGUAUCUUUCUCCUUACCUUGUGACUGUUAAUAGUAAGAGAUUUUGAUGUGGAAUGUCACACAUUCAUCUGCUGAUACCAUGCUCUCAAUCUAGCUGCGCCAUUCUGUAUAUAUGAAUUUAUAUAUCUCGUUUGAAAUGCUUCCAGAACAAUUUCAUUUGCAUUCUAUGUACCUUCAAAAUAUAUAUGUAUAUGCAAACUGAUAUCUCUCUUACAUGGAUAUUUAGACAGUGAGAUUUUCCAUGUUGAAGGAUGAUGUAAUUUUUAAAAAAAUGCUAUUUUGUUACAAAAAUAGAGAAAUAUAAAGAAGUUUGAGAGAUCCUUCUAUUUUGCCCUCAGGGAAAUCGUCCUCUGUGAACCAGAAUGCCACCUCACAUCUUCAGCCCAAUCUGAGGGUGGAUAUUACAAUACCUAAAUAGCUCUUGUGUAUCUUAACUUCUUAGUUAUAAAUAUAUGUAAAUGUUUUUUAAGACCGUAGUUGUGCUCUGCAGGAGGAAGGGAUUUUGAGACAAUUGUUUACAAACCUUGUUUCUCCAGUGAGACUACAUUGGCAGAAAACCCUAUUCCUGCCGUUUGUCAGCGUGCGUAAGAAUGAGCUCACUUUUCAUUUGUUUGUUUGCUUGUCUGGUGGUGGCCGCAAAAGACCCCCAUGAUACAGUCGCUUUGUAGGAGAAAACAACACAGGGAAAGAGUCUGUUGUGGGCUGUUCUUCAACUUCUGCUACAGAGGAUUGUGGGCACAAGACCCCAGUGGCCAUUCUCUAAACCAUGUGCCAUUCUUCUCUUUGAGCCUUAGCAACUGAGCUUUCUGAUCUUGCCAUGAAACUGUGUUCUUUGGGUCCAGAGGACAGAGCAGUUCUGGCCAAGAGAAUGUGACAACUUGCAUCUCUUGAGUCUAUACUAACCAGUAUGCUUGGGUAUGGGGCUGAAGCAAUGUUGUUGUUUUUUUGAGGCAAGAGACUGGACAGGUGUUUGGUCUUGAACUGGAGAGGUACUUAGGCCUACCCAGAAAACUAGAUCAGCUGAGAUAAAAGGCCCUUUGUGGGGGUCAUCUCAGGAGGCAUUUUGUGAGAAAGGUGCAGGAAGAACUCCAUAUGUUCGAGCCAAAAAAGAAAAGCUAACAGAAAACUUAAAACAGUAGUGCGGAUUUCUCCCCCCUCCCACUUCUUUGACUUAGGAUUUUUGUAGCUGAGUUUCCAGUGUGAAACAUAAAGAGAGUGGUGCUAGUGCAUUUGAUACCUCAUUGUGUGCAAGAAUAGCCAAGCACCAGUUUUAAGCUGAUGCCCAGCAUGACUUUUUAACAGGGGCAACUGGUCUGCAUUAACAAGGAAGGAGUGGAUCAACGGUGUACAUUAGAGCCAUGAAGGAAAAGCUCAUCUCUGUGGAAUCUCCAUGCAAUCCUUGUGCAUAGUUGAACAUAUUUUGUGUUGCAUUCGGUUUAUUGUAGGACUUCUGUGCCAGCCCCAGCAGAGGCUGCACAGCAGCAGUGCCUAGCAAAUUAUCUCUGUUUUUGUCAGGCAAGCCAUGCAAGAAAGCAGACAUUGCACCAUGCAUUGUCCUAAAUCCUGAAUCAUUUAUCACUGUUGAAAGUAUUUGAAAAAGAUGGGCAUUUGGCUGUUGUGUGUGGUGAAGCACCGAAUGUGCUACUCUUGUGUGAGAGCUGGCUUGAGCUGGCAGUGGUCAGAAAGAAUGUGCAGAUAGAAUGCUUCUGUGUAUUUAUUUUUAUUAGAAACUCAGGCCAGUUGUUAGAAAUGUUGUGCUUUCCUUCUAAACACAGAAGGAACAUGCUCUUGCCUGUGUUCAGGAUGGUAUUACUGAAUGGACGUUCUGUAGAACAGUACAAAAAGAGAGGAGGCACUGACAACAUUGGGGUCUUGUACUGAGUGUGGAUUCCCCUUCCUUCCCUCCCCCAGUAUUUAUUACUCUGGCAUAUUUUGCAAAAGUUUUUUUACAAUCUGGGAGCAUGCAGAAAUUCCCUCAUAGAAAAAGUAGCGAGGGGGUACCCACUGACCUGCAGUACACAUUUAUGUCUUAGCCCCAUGUAUUUAGGAAGUUCUUUGAUCUUUAGAAACCGGAUCCUGCAAGCAGGGAAUGUGAUGUGAGAGACAGACAUGGCAUGACACAGUGUUUGAAUGAGAGGGGCUAACUUUUCCCAAUUGGGAUACCCAGACAAUUCCUUAAUCCUGGGGGGUGGGCGGGGCUUAUAGUACACAGCUUUGCUGGCAAAGUGGUACGUUUAAGGAAUCCUAGUAAGAUAAGGGAUGGCUAAAGCAGGGAGAGGCAAAAUUGCUGGACAUCCCAUCCCUACAAGGUGCAAAAACAAAUUGUUCACACAUAUGUGCUUUUUUGGUGAUGCUUUUAAAUGGACACUUUAUAUAUUUGACACAGUUUGAAAUAAAAUUAUUUCUGGCUGCAUUUAUUCGAGCCAGAAAAUAGGGCAAAGUACAUUUGCACAGAUCCCACUUGUUUAUCCAGGGGAGUCCUCAGUCCAAGUCAUGGGAAUGCAUGCAUUUUCCUUAGCUGGGCGGACAAAACCAUUAUACUGUAGUUGUGAUACAACACAUGUGGCUUUUAUUUGUAUUACUCCACUCCCACUGUACAGCCACUCCAAAGUAGCGUGGUUAGCUUGCAGUAUCUGCUGUCUGCAUUUUAUACCAUAUCCUGCAUAUUCUUUUCCCUGGAAGUUAAAAGGAAAAUAAAAUCUUUUUUUCUUGUUGCAUUGAUUAACAUUUAUAAACUUGCUUAGCCUAGAAAGUUUGGGGAAAGAGGCCUGUUUGUCAAUUGUACAACCGGUUGUGAAGCUCAAGUGUGAAUAUUUUUACGUCUGUAUUAGACAUUUUCUUUCAAAUCUAUUGUUCGAUUGCAAUGUAAAUGAAAUAUAAGAUGGUGUACACCCAUCAUGUAUAAUAAAGCAGACACCAUCGCUACGAUGGAUUUAAUGCUCAUUUUUAAUGGUGCAUUCUCAGCUUCUAUUUAAAAAUAUAAUUUAAAAAAUCUGUAAAAUGAAAUGGGGAUAUAUUUGGGGUUGUUGGGGGGAUGAAUUCUAUUCCAUUUAGUUCCGUUUUCAGUUUAUUAAAUUGUAUUGUUUUCCCUUUUGUGUUUAUAGGAAUAGGAUUUUCAUGGGAAAGCUAGACCGUAUGGUCUGUAUUGGGGGGAGGGGAGUUGAGAAAUGGGGUGGGGGUGGGGCCUUGUGAUUAGCCUGAAUAGCAGAGUGAAUUCUGUAUGUGUGUUUGCUGUAGCACUGAAGUGGAGAGAGAAUUAGCUUUUGGGCUGGUCACAGACUUCAGGAAAUUGUGGUUUUUUUCAGUGUUUGAAAGAGAAUUAAUAGAAAAAGUUUGCAGUACUUGACAUGUAUUUGCAUGCCGUAAAAUAAAAAAAUUGUCCA